AUGCGCAGUCCCAGCCAGCUCGCUUGCACUGCAGACAGAGCGAUUUUCCCACCGCGAUGGUUUGUGGGAGCCGCGGCCGCCAUUACGAAGCAGGAUGCGCUUCCAGUGCUUCUGACAUCUUUCCAGCUGCAGGCUCCAGCAGGAGAUUUUAAAUUUGAAAACGGUGAAAUUAUUUCAGAGUGGCUUCAAUUCCCUUUAGGUAUUGACAUCAGUUUGAGCUGGAGUGGAGAUGGAGCAGAAGCUGCUGGGUUUAACCUCGAGAACCUUAGAACCCAGUCAGGCCCGGCAAUUUCAGAUGUGAAAUUGGCAAGGGAGGUAGAUUCUCGGGGAGAUCAGGUUGCACAACGGACACUGUCCAUACAACGACGAGAGACCGUUCAAUGCUGUCAUUGCGGGAUUGGGUUCAGGAAAUCAUCUGAACUCACUGUACACCAGUCAGUUCAUAGUGGGGAGAGCCCGUUCACCUGCUCCGAGUGUGGGAAGGGAUUCACUCAGACAUCCCACCUCAUGGAACACAAGCAAGUUCACUCUGGAGUGAGGUCAUUCACCUGCUCUGAGUGUGGGAAAGAAUUCACUCAGUCAUCCAAAUUGCUGAGACAUCAGCGAGUUCACACUGACAAGAGACCUUUUAAAUGCCCAGACUGUGGGAAGUAUUAUCAAAGUUCUGGGGAAUUGAUGUCCCAUCAAUGUGUUCACACUGAGGAGAGACCAUUCAAGUGUUCUCACUGUGGGAUUGGGUUCAGACGAUCAUCCGAGCUCACUGUACACCAGCGAAUUCACACUGGGGAGAGGCCUUUCACCUGCUCUGUAUGUAGGAAGAGAUUCAUUCAGUCAUCCCAAUUCAUGGCACACAAGCUAGUUCACACUGGGGAGAGGCCAUUCACUUGCUCUGUGUGUGGGAAGGGAUUCACUCGUUCAUCCAACCUGCUGACACACCAGCAAGUUCACACUGACGAGAGACCUUUCAAAUGCCCAGAGUGUGGGAAGUGCUAUAAAAGUUCCAGGGAACUGAUGCGCCAUCAACGUGUUCACACUGAUGAGAGACCGUUCAGGUGCUCUCACUGCGGGACUGGGUUCAGGCGAUCAUCUCAUCUCACUGUACACCAGCGAAUUCACACUGGGGUGAGGCCGUUCACCUGUACUGAGUGCGGGAAGGGAUUCACUCAGUCAUCUAACCUGCUGACACACCAGCGAGUUCACACUAGGGAGAGGCCAUUCAUCUGCUCCAAGUGUGGGAAAGCAUUCUCUCAGUCAUCCAUCCUACUGAGACACCAGCGAGUUCAUAAAUGAUAGCUGGAGUUGGAUUUUGCUGUUAAUAAAAUCCGGGACUGAAUGAUAUUCAUUGCUGAUGUUAAUAAACUCCAGAGCAGUAAUAGGUGUUAAUAUUGUGCAUAAAAGUCAAAUAAACAAGCUUUCUGUUAA